UUACAAUGCCAGGGAAAAAACUGAUUUAUGACCAUUUUUCAUACUUAUGACUAUUGCAGCCCAUGGUCAAGUGAUUUAUAUUGGAGUGGUUGGCACUCACAUCUAUGAUGGUUGCUGUGUUCUGGAGUCAUGUGAUCCCGUUUUGCAGCUCCACAGACGUGUCUAUUGUGGGCAAAGUGCGUAUUUCAAAUCACAACUGAGUAUUCACGAAAUGAUCCACAUUGGAGAAAAGCAAUACUAAUGUGGCCAAAGCUUUGGUCAGAACAGCUUCCUUGUGGUUCAUGGAAGGACCCACAUAAGAGAGGAGCCCUACAAGUGCUCCUAAUGUAGUGAACUUGGCAACUUGGUGAUACAUUAGAGAACUCACACCAGGGAGAAACCCUUUGAAUGAACUGACUGUGGGAAAAGUUUCAGUCUAAACUCCGGCCUGGGGAUGCACAAGAUGAUGCACACAAAAAAGAAAUCACAUGAAUGUUCUGAUUGCGGAAAAUGUUUCAUUGCAAAUUCCCACCUUGUGAUACACCAGAGGACUCACACAGGAGAAAAACCCUUUGAAUGUCCUAUUUGUGGGAAAAGUUUCAGUCGGUACUGUAGCCUGGUGAACCACCAGAGGACUCACACAGGAGAGAAACCCUUUGAAUGUCCUGAUUGUGGGAAAAGGUUCAAUCACAAUUCCCACCUGGUGGUACACCAGAGGACUCACACAGGAGAGAAACCCUUUGAAUGUCCUAAUUGUGGGAAACGUUUCAGACACAACUCCAGCCUAGUGAUCCACCAGAGGACUCACACAGGAGAGAAACUCUUUGAAUGUCCUGAUUGUGGGAAAAGUUUCAUUAGAAAAUCUGAGGUCAUCAUUCAUCAGACGAUUCACACAGGAGAAAAACCAUUUCAAUGUGGUCUUUGUGGGAAAAGUUUCAGUCAAAAUUCCCACCUGGUGGUACACCAGAGGACUCACACAGGAGAGAAACCCUUUGAAUGUGCUCUUUGUGGGAAAAGUUUCAGUCAGAAUUCUGACCUGGUGAACCACCAGAGGACUCACACAGGAGAGAAACCGUAUGAGUGUCCAGUUUGUGGGAAAAGUUUCAGUCAGAAUUCCAACCUGGUGAAACAUGAGAGGACUCACACAGGGCAGAAAUCAUACCAGUGUCCAUAUUGUGGGAAAUAUUUCCUUAGCAAAUUGGAGCUCAUCAGUCACCAGAGGACACACAGAGGAAAUAAACCCUUUGAAUGUCCUGACUGUGGAAAAAGUUUUAUUAGAAAUUCCCAUCUAGUGAGACACCAGAGGACUCACUCAGGAGACAAACCCUUUAAAUGUCCUGAUUGUGAGAAAUGCUUCAGGCACAACUCCCACUUGGUGGUACACAAGAGGAUUCAUACAGGAGAGAAACCCUUUGAAUGUCCUGAUUGUGGGAAAAGUUUCAGAUGCAACUCCAGCCUAGUGAUACACCAGAGGACUCACACAGGAGAGAAACCUUUUGAAUGUCCUGAUUGUGAAAAAUGCUUCAGUCACAAGUCCCACCUAGUUGUUCACAAGAGGAUUCACACAGGAGAGAAACCCUUUGAAUGUCCUGCUUGUGGGAAAAGUUUCAUUACAAAAUCCGAGGUCAUCAGUCACCAGAGGACACACACAGGAGAUAAACCCUUUGAAUGCCCUUUCUGUGAGAAGAAGUUCAGUCACAAAAGCCACCUGGUGAUACACCAGAGGAUUCACACAGGAGAAAAACCAUUUGAAUGUCCUGAUUGUGGGAAACGUUUCAGACGCAACUCCAGCCUAGUGAUUCAUCAGAGGAUUCACACAGGAGAGAAACCCUUUGAAUGUCCUGAUUGUGGGGAAAGGUUCAAUCACAAUUCCCACCUCGUGGUACACCAGAGGAUUCACACAGGAGAGAAACCCUUUGAAUGUCCUGAUCAUGGGAAAACUUUCAUUACAAAUUCCGAGGUCAUCCAUCACCAGAGGACUCACAUGGGAGAGAAACCGUAUUAGUGUCCUGUUUGUGGCAAAAGUUUCAGUCAGAAUUUCCACAUGGUGAUUCACCAGAGGUCUCUCACAGGAGAAAAACACUUGGAAUGUCCUGAUUAUGGGGAAAGUUUCCAUUUAAAUUUAAACCUGAUGAAACACCAGAAGACUCAUAUCGGAGAGACUUUUCAAAUGUCCAGUCUGUGGACAGCACUUUAGGCCUAAAUAACUCUUUAUUGCAUACAAGAAAAUUCACAUGAGGCAAAAGUUGAUGAGUUUGGAGAAGACUUGAAUUUCAUUUCUGAACUCCCAUUGAGCGUGUAGGCGAAAAAUAGACUCUAGAUACUGGCCUGAUGCUUUUUAGUCAAUACAUCUCAGGUUUGAGAUGUAGUUGGAGAGAAAAAAUGUUGAAACUGUUAUUUGAUAAAGGUGAACUACUUGUUUCUAUAUAUAUUAUAUUGAUUGUAGAAUUCCACCAUGUGGAGUUUCCUACCAGAGUUCCAUAACAUACCCAGAACAAACUACACUCCAAGGCAGAUAGUUUCCUCAAAGAAUAGUUUUAUUAGAGAUGUCAUAUUGACACAAGCUGAUGAAAACCUACUCUAACAGUUCCCGUGGUUUUCAUCUAAUUAAAAGUAAAAGUUUGUCACUUUCCCAAAAUAGUCACAUGAUCCAAUCAGCAUACAGUCCAGUUGCUAGGUGACCUCAGUCUCCUGAGUACUUGCGGGAAUGUCCUUGGUUCCCAAGGGAGAACAUUUGUUUUGUGUAUAGCAUCCCAACUAUCUCUAUUUCCCCUGCCCUAUCCCUCAGCUCCAGUAUGUGGCACUAUAACACUGAAGCAGAAAAGAAAAUGGCCCCAGUUUGGCCAGUUUCGAGGUUGACAUUUCUAUCUUCUACCUUCUUAUCCUCCAGAUUAUGAGUGCCAUAAUUGACCAUUCUACAAGUAGUCCUUGAAAUACAACUGUAAUGGGGCCUGCCAUUUUUGGUUGCAUGUUGUAACAAUGGUUAAGUGAGAUUACCUUGCUGAACUCCCGUCACCCCCUUCUCUCCCUGAUAAAGCCUUCAAAUGAAUGUGCUCUCAAAGGUCCAAGCCCGGACCUGGGCCAAACUAAGAAAACACACUCAGGAACCAUCAAGCCAGCAAUAAGUUUAAUCAGGCCAGAGCCUUGGUACAGAAUGAGUCCAAUGCUUGAGUAAAGUUUGUUGUAAAGUCAGUGCUGGAAGCUCAUUAUGUUGGUAUGGAGUACGGUUGGCCUUGACCAGGUCCAAACACUGGCCAUCAGCAUGCGCAGAAGAUGGUGAGAAAAACACUUCCUUUAUCAUAUCACCUCCAGUACCAUUUUUUCCCAUCCCAAAUACCACCACCACCACCCCCGUUUCUAUGGCAGCCGAUAGCAAGUAAGCAAAGCAGAGACUGACAUCCAGCCUUCUUUCAGGAAAGGAUAUCCCUGGAGAAAGAGAAAAAGAAAAUAACACAAAAUAACAAUAACAAGCAUUAGCAUUUCGAGGGAAUUCAAGGCUUAUCAGGAUAUUUGAUAUAAAACUUCUGUAAAAGUCUAGGAGCUCUGCCAUGGGAUUUAUUCAUUCAUUCAGAUUAGUAGGGGGGGAAAUGUUUCCAGGACACCAAAUAUUGAAUGCGCUGUAGCUGGAUCCCUCUCCAGUGGCGAUGGCGCAUCAGCAAUCCUCAUCUCAAUCAGUGGGCAGGUGGUUGGGCGGUGUCCUCCUGGCCAGCCGACAAAUAGGCAAUAUAGCAAAACUGGAACCAGGCCGAGGAUCCAACAAACAGCUGUUCAGCGCAGCCGGAAGUAGCUGCCACUACUGAAGCCUCGUCUGCUACUCGCCGUGCUGUCCACGCUGUUCCCGCGGCUCAGUCGUUUGGCUUCCAGAUGGUACUUGGAUUCCAGAUUUUCCCUUCCAAACCACCCUCACAUCCCGAUGCCUCUCCUCUCUCUCCUGUUAUUGUUUCGUUGCGAGGAGGCUGCAAGUCAACCAUGACAUGUUGACUUUCAAAUUAAUUAAAUUAAACUAAAACCUGUCUAUACUUUUCUGCAUUCAUGAUCCCAUCAAUAUCUCAAACACCACUGGCAGAAAUGCAACUCCAAACUAGGACAAAUACUCUACCAUGUUUCCCUGAAGGCCACAAACAUUCAUUUGUUCAUUUCUCCAAUUCUUCCCAGGUGUUAUCAAGAAUUAGAUCCAAAAAUUUCAAACUUGGAUUCAUCAUUCCAUAAUACUCUU